AUGAGUCUUAGUCUACUACUAGUAUAAUUGAAGAUUUGAUUUGGACACACUAUAAAUCUAUAUAUGCCAAUAUUUAUAUGUAUUUUCUUAUGAAGGAGAAACAAAAUUUUAAUUUUCAUUAGGAACAGCUAUGGCAGUGGAGCUCCCAAUUGCAAGUAAUGGAAAGAUGACUUGUAUUGUGAUUCUAUCUUGUAUGGUGGCUGCCACUGGAGGCAUUAUAUUUGGUUAUGAUAUAGGAAUUUCAGGUGGGGUAACAUCUAUGGUACCAUUUUUGGAGAAAUUUUUUCCAGAUGUAUACACCAAAAUGAAACAAGACAACAAAAUAAGCAAUUACUGCAAGUUUGAUAGCCAACUUCUAACAACAUUUACUUCAUCACUAUAUAUUGCUGGCCUUAUAGCAUCUUUCUUUGCAUCAUCAAUCACAAGAUCCUUUGGUCGAAAACCAUCAAUUCUUGUAGGUGGUGUUGCAUUUCUUGUUGGAGCAGCUCUUGGUGGUGCUGCUCUUAAUAUAUACAUGUUAAUACUUGGUAGAGUUCUUCUUGGAGUUGGAAUUGGCUUUGCUAAUCAGUCAGUCCCAUUAUAUCUAUCUGAAAUGGCACCUGCAAAACACAGAGGAGCAAUCAACAAUGGUUUCCAGUUUUGUGUUGGAAUUGGUGUUCUAUCAGCAAAUUUAAUAAACUUUGGCACAGAAAAAAUCAAAGAUGGUUGGGGCUGGAGAAUAUCUCUAGCAAUGGCAGCAGUUCCAGCUUCAAUUCUCACAUUAGGAGCAUUUUUUCUCCCAGAAACACCAAACAGCAUAAUCCAAAAUAACAAAGAUCAUCAAAAAGCUAAGUUAAUGUUACAAUCCAUAAGAGGCACACAUGAUGUUGAACAAGAAUUUGAAGAUCUUAUUGAAGCAAGUAACAUGUCAAAUUCUAUCAAACAUCCAUUUAAGAAUAUCUUGCAAAGAAAAUAUAGACCUCAACUUGUUAUGGCAAUAGCUAUACCAUUUUUCCAACAAUUCACUGGAAUCAAUGUCAUUUCAUUUUAUGCUCCAAUCUUGUUUUUAACUAUUGGAUUAGGUGAAAGUGCUUCUCUUUUGUCUGCAGUUAUGAUUGGGAUUGUAGGUACUACUUCAACAUUCAUAUCAAUGCUAAUAGUUGAUAAACUAGGUAGAAGAGUUUUGUUCAUAUCAGGUGGAAUUCAAAUGUUCUUCUCACAAAUUCUAAUAGGAAGUAUAAUGGCAGCACAACUUGGUGAUCAUGGUGAAAUAAGCAAGAAAUAUGUAUACUUGAUUCUAGUUUUAAUAUGCAUAUAUGUUGCUGGAUUUGCAUGGUCAUGGGGGCCGUUAGGAUGGUUGGUUCCGAGUGAGAUUUUUCCAUUGGAGAUAAGAUCAGCAGCACAAAGUAUUGCAGUUGCAGUGAAUUUUCUGUUUACAUUCAUUGUUGCUCAAACUUUUCUUAGUAUGUUGUGUCAUUUCAAGUAUGGAACUUUCUUCUUCUUUGGAGGUUGGGUUGUGGUGAUGACAGUGUUUGUUUAUUUUCUGUUACCAGAAACUAAGAAUGUUCCAAUUGAGCAAAUGGAUACUGUUUGGAGAGAACAUUUGUUUUGGAAGAGAAUUGUUGGAGACAAGAGUCAAGGAAGACAAACAGUGUUGCCUUAACUAAUUACUGUAGUUUUUUAGUACCAAAACAUGCUGGUUUUUGGAAGAAUAUUGCAAGAAAAAACAAAG